AUGGCGCCCUGGCUGGACUUACCGUACGAAAUAACGAACGUCACCGCAGAAGAAGAAAAGUUCAUUCGCAAAUGCCUUUUAGGUUACACCAAGCAGUUCGUGAAAUGCGGCAAGGCAGGUUAUGUGAUGCCUGGUGCUUUUAGAAAUCACGCCGAAGCUAUUUACAACUUACAGGUCCGGCCUGAUGAUAUAUGGGUCAUCACCUUUCCGAGAUCUGGUACGACAUGGAUGCAAGAGUUGGUUUGGUUGGUAGAAAAUAAUUUGGACUUCAAGAAAGCGAAAUCAACACCCUUAUACCAAAGAUUUCCCAUGUUAGAAACAACAACUCAAAUACCGGAGAUUGCGUUCGAUUUGAUCAAAGUGAAUUUCAUGAACCUGGGCAACUUUCAAGGGCUUUCUAAAGCGGCGAGAGUUCCCAGUUGGCAAUCAAUAGAUGAAGCGCCAUCGCCGAGGCUCAUCAAGACACAUUUGCCUCUGUCUUUACUACCGCCCAACUUACUGAAUACUGCUAAGGUUGUGUACGUCGCAAGGGAUCCAAGAGACGUAUCUGUAUCAUACUACUAUCUUCAUAAGAUGGUGGGCAAGACUUUACUGAGGGCUAACUUCACUCAUUUCUGGGAGGCUUUGAGAAGAGACUUGAUGCCAUAUUCUCCGAUAGUAGCACACACAAAUGAAGCCUGGUGUAAGAGACAUCACCCAAACAUGCAUUUUAUGUUCUAUGAAGACAUGAUUAAAGAUUUGCCAAAAGAAAUACGCGGAGUAAGCGACUUCCUCAAUAAGAAUUAUAAUGAUAAAGAAAUAAAAAAGCUCGCAGAACACUUGAGUUUCGAAAACUUAAGAAAGAAUAAGAACGUUAACAACACUACUAAUACAAACGGUGAAGGCAUCCAGUUUGUGAGAAAAGGAGAAGCUGGCGGUUGGCAAGCACACUUUGAUGAGAAACAACAGCUCCAAGCUGAAGAGUAUCUUAUUGAUAGGCUGCAAGGUUUAGAUUUAAGAUACCCAUCUUUUCCUCUCAAUGAAAUAACCAGGUUAUAA